AGGAAAUAUUGGCAUUUAUAGUGAGUGGUUCCUUUUUCUUUUAGGGGUUUAAACAUAAAAAUAACUAUUUAAUAUUCGUUUGCAAGUACGAUUUCCUUCCUAUAGCCGAAUAUAUUUUUCUUCUGGUCUGUUGUUGUUCGUAUCCCCUGGAUCCGACUCCUGUCCAAAAGCAGAGCUUUUUAACACGAUUAUAUUCACAAAAAUAAACCACCACAAACACAUUUUGAUCGGUUUAGUACAUUUAUGCCAAGCUGUAAUCUAUAAAACAUUCGUUUCUGAUAAUGGUGUUGAACAGUAUAGUUUGAUAGACCUUUUAUUUCACGAACGAAAGCAGCAGCCCCUCCCCCGCUCCUACCAGAAAGGAUUUAAAACGCUAACGUUAGCUAGCUGCUGCUGGUUAACGUUAGCUUCCUCGGUUAUCAUCAACUAAAAGGAUAAAACUAAGGAUUUCCAGCAGCGUGGAUUAUGUUUUGUGUGUUUUAGGUUGUUAAGUAACCGACAGAACCUUGGAAAGCAGUUGUUUUUAGGUCCGAGGACAUAGAAGGCGUCUACUAGAGGAAAUCUGACACCGGAGCCCAGCUGAGCGAAGUGGGCUGGGCUUUGAGCUGGGCUGUGACCCUUGUUAGGACCGAGAGCAAAAGAAGGCCAAUACAACACAAUACCACAAAUGAAUAAACACUGUUUUCUUUGUUUGUUUUUACCAAACCUGGAUACAUAUUGAAACGAUUGCAGUUGCCCAGUGAAAAUACUGUGGUGAAAACCCAAGAUCACUUCCUCCAGUGGUAGAAGAGACAUGGACGCCUUCAAGCUGAUGAAGGAACUGAGGGUGAAUUAUGAGCAGGAGGCUCAUUAUCUCCCUAAAGAGACGGGGCUGAGCCUCAUAGAGUCCACAACAGAGGAUGACAGUCGGAUCUCGGCCAAGUGCAGAGAUGCCAAAGUGGAGGACCUGUGGAGUCUGACCAGCUUCUUCGGUUACAGCACGCAGACCUUUGUCCUGGCUGUUAACCUGCUGGACAGAUUCCUGGCCAUGAUUAGGAUCCAGCCAAAGCACCUGUCCUGCGUCAGCGUCAGCUGCCUCCACAUGGCGGCCAAAGUGACGGAGGAGGAGUGCAACCUGGCGCCCACUGGUGAUCUCAUCCGCAUCGGACAGUGCAGGUUCACUGUGUCCGACCUCUGCCGCAUGGAGAAGAUCGUUGCCGAGAAGCUCAACUUCAAGUCCAAAGCCAUCACUGCCUUAACUUUUCUGCACUUGUACCACCAGAUUGCACUUUCCCACUCCACAGACAGGAAGGAGAAACUGAGCCUAGAGAAGCUGGAAGCUCAACUCAAAGCCUGCCUGUGCCGGAUCUCCUUCUCUAAAGCAAAGCCGUCCGUCCUAGCCUUGUCUGUCCUGAGGCAGGAGAUCGAAGGCGUUCGGUCGGAGGACAUGCUGGAAAUAGCCUAUCACAUCCAGAGACACCUAAAGAUUACGGACGGUGAGCUACUGCUAUGGAGUGAGCGUGUGGCUCGGUGUCUGUCGGACUACGCCUCCCCUGAAUGCAGCAAACCCAAUCACAAGAAGCUGCAGUGGAUCGUGUCGCGACGGACUGCCCAGAACCUGCACAGCUACCGUGUCGUCCCUGAAUUGCCCACCAUCCCAGAGGGCUGCUGGGAUGAGAGCGAGAGUGAGGACUCGUGUGAGGACAUGAUGAGUUCCGGUGAGGAGUCUCUCAGCAGUUCCCUGGGCAGCGACGCUGAAGGGCCCUUCUUUCCUCUGCACCUCCGCCGCCAAAAACACCGCCAACCCCUCCACGCAUGACGCCGCCCUGUGCUUUGCCACCCCCCCCCCCCUUUUUAUUUUAUUUUUUUUACCUGAAGUCUUUAAUUUAUUGUUUAAUAAUCUCCGGCGCUGGUGGAGAAUCGCACAACAACUGGCAGCUGAGCAGUCCGGACUCUUCCUGGUAGAUUUUAGUCUGUGGAUGUGUUGGUGCAUGUUAAGAUGUCACAUUCCAGGGUGUAUGCGUAGUUAGAUAAACUUUGGUUUGACGUGACGCAGUGUCUGGUCUUUAAGGUGCUGAGCUACAACAAGACACUGCAGUCCGAUUCUCAGUUCAGACCAGAAAAGGUUCAUGUUAUCAACAAGAUAAUUUGCCAAAACGUGGUAUUUAUUUUAAAGAAUGUGAUUUUUUGUUUGACUGUUAUUGAUCCAAGACCGCUUUUAUUAAGGUCAAGGAGGUGUGAUCUUGAUGUACAGAAGCUGAGAGUGGCUGUGGUUGGUGGUCAAAACUUAAAUAUUCAAGUUAUAAAAGCCCUUUAACGUAAGGUACAGAAAUAAGUCCGUUAUUCUGAGAUAAAGACACACUGACAUCCUAAUCAGCACUAAAUGGUCUUUUUUUCCUGGAUAACAGGGUUUAAAAGGUAAAUUUGAGCAUUGUUUGUCAUUUCUUGACAUCAUUACAUUGCGAGCACGUCUGCUCUCAUCUUCUGUAGUCAAGUUUAAUUUGCACAGUUUUCUUGUUAUCUCAUUUGAUGCGUCAGAAACUGUUCACUGAGUUGUUUAGAGCUCGACGUGUUUAGUCAGUCCUGGAUGCCAACAGCAGGGUGACGUGCCUUGCUCAAAGGCAGCAGGGGGAAGAGAUCUGAAUCAGUCAGAGUUGUUCUUCAGAUUCAAACCCUGCUGACAGGCACCACAGGGUGUUCCGAAAAAAUAAAAACCUUUAACGAGUGUAUGUUGGUGGAUGUGUGGACGUAUGACCCUGGUUUAAAUUUAAAGUUGAUCAUUUUUUAGGAUGAAGCUUAAAAAAGUUUGGUGUUUUGAAAAUGUCGUUAUGUGAGAAUGCUGUAUGGAACAAAAAUGUUGAUCGUGUUAAAAAAAAAAAAAAAAGUAAAA